AUGACUAUAGCGGACGUUCCUGGACCCUCUGCCGCCGCCGCUGCUAAUGCUGCCGCUGCCGCGAAUGCCGGUAUUCCGCCAAACUCGCCUCCUACAAAGGCGUCCCUGGCGAACUGGUGGGAACGCUUCAAGAAGAAGACGAGAGAUGAUGAAAAGGAGCCCCGGGGCAUCUUUGGCGUUCCAUUGAAUCAGAGCAUACACUACGCAAACGUCGCGAUCUCAUUGACCGCGCCCAACGGAAAGCAGUUCAUCUACGGUUAUGUGCCCAUCGUGGUGGCCAAGUGUGCCACCGAUGUCGAAGGCAUCUUCCGAUUGAGCGGAUCGGCAAAGCGGAUCAAGGAUCUCCAAACCACUUUUGAUUCUCCCGACAAGUACGGAAAGGGUCUGGAUUGGACUGGUUACACGGUGCACGAUGCGGCGAACGUUCUGCGGAGAUACCUCAACUGCUUACCGGAACCUAUCAUCCCGCUGGACUUCUACAACAGAUUCCGGGACCCUUUGACGGUGCCGCCGCAGAAGUUUGAUCACGAUGAGGCCAUCAGGGUCUAUCAGAGUCUCAUCUCCGAGCUGCCUCCUCUCAACCGGCAGCUUCUGCUGUAUAUCCUGGAUCUACUGGCCGUGUUUGCGUCAAAGGCCGAUCAGAACCGAAUGACGGCAGAGAAUCUUGCUGCCAUAUUUCAGCCUGGAUUGAUAUCUCAUCCCAGUCAUGAGAUGGCGCCUCAGGCAUAUAAGCUGUCGCAGGAUGUGCUGGUCUUUCUGAUUAACAAUCAGGACCAUUUCUUGCUUGGUAUGCGGGGCAGAGACGAAAUCGACCCGGCAGCCGAAAUGGCCAACCCCACAACGCCCGUAAUGCCCGUAACACCCGUAACGCCCACAUCCCUCCGACACUCCAAGACGGUAGUCGAUAGAACACCCUCAAACGCGAGCGCGGGUGCAGACGAUGUCCGAAAGUAUGGAGGUCUGAGAAGGAACGCGUCCGUCAGUUCCAGAAAAUCAGGUGGUGGCGGCGGUGGCGGCGGUAGCGGCGGCGGUGGUGGUGGUGGCCAGGUGGCAAAAUCCGGUGGUGUAAGUCGAAGCAACACCCUGCCAUCCAGAAGGUCCCCUCGCCCUCGCCCUACGGCGGGUUUCCGGCCUACGGAUGGUUCCGUUUCUCCAAAGCCAACUGAAUCAAUAGGAACCGCGAGUACGGCGACAGCAGCAGGCAGACAUGCGCGAUCGCCGUCUCCCGGACGCAUGAGGGAGGAAGUGAGCCCGGUGGAAGCACGAAGACCGGAGAGUCUUGGAUUGCUGUCGCCAAGGGAGCCCAGGUCCCGACAAGUUUCGGGGCAGUGGUCGCGUCACGGCUCGCCAGUAACGACACCCACCAAGGAUCGUGGUUUCUCCAACCUUUUUGCACUUUCACCGGAUAAUGAUAGACCUCGGGGGAAGCUGCGGAAAAAGCGGAACCCCACGGAAGAUAAGAACCCAUCGGCGGAAUCCUCAUCGACAUCACUGCCUCUUGCUGCGCCUGUUGCGCCCCUUGUCAGUCCAAGGGUAUUGGAACAGCCGGCAGAAAUAAUCUCCGCCGCGCCUCGAAAAUCAAUCUCGCGGUCCACGCAGCCGUCGUCAGCGCCGAUCCCAAACAAUGCUCAAGGUUUCUCGAGCGCAACGUCGACCUCCACGCUAAUGCCCACCAUGUCCCCUACGCCCUCGGCAACGUCCAGCGUGACUAGCCAGGAUAGCAAUCUCUCGUGUUCCGACGCGACUAACGCGUCGUCUCCCGACAAGAAGAAAAGAUCAAGAUGGCGGUGGUCAGCGUCAAAGGUUGAAAUGUGGAACCCGGGAAGUCCUACAUUCGGAGGUUCGAACGCUAGCAUAGCCGAACGGAUGAGACGUACUUCACGAAGUCCCGAUCGCACCGACCGCAUGGAUCGUACAGAUCGUACAGAUCGCAAGGUUAGUAGCGAAGGCAGUGGCGAUGACGGGUCCAACAAAGGGGGUCGGCUUGGGUGGUUGAAGAAGCGGACCGGGAAACGCUCGGAUCAGGAUGAUAGGGACAUCCCGAUUCAUGUCCAGGUCCAAACGCUCCCACCACCACAAUACCCACACCCUGCGUCACCUCAGGUGCAACCGCCGACGCCAUCUUCACUGGGAAAACCGACGUCUCCCAUCGUAGAGGCCGAGAAUGAAUUCGAAGAGGCUCGCCCAACAGGACCAAUUCAGUCACCUGAUGCCGAGCAUCGGACACCUACGCAGCCGACAGGAGAUGGGGAGAUCCAUAGAGCCAUGCUUCCCCUUAAGUCGUUGGACAGCAGCGUGGAUACGGAGUGA